UUCUUUCACUUGCUUAGAAAAAGGCUGCUCAAGCUAUUCUUCAUCUCUGACUUAAACACACCAGGGGCCUGAACCUCUGAAACUCCUGCUUUCCUCAAGUUGUCCUCAUGUGGUGGAGAAAACAAAGCUCUGUAGCAGAUUGAGGGAUUGAAAGGUUUUCAGAGGAUACUGUCUGAGAAGGUCUUGCUUCAGAGUAGGCUGCCUACCCAUGUCCAGCGAGCUUCUGAAGCUAGUUUUUGAUAAAUGGACACUGACAUGGAUUACGAAAGGCCCAACGUCGAAACCAUCAAAUGUGUAGUGGUUGGAGACAACGCUGUAGGGAAAACUCGCCUGAUCUGUGCCAGAGCAUGCAAUACAACCCUGACCCAGUAUCAGCUCCUGGCCACUCAUGUACCGACGGUAUGGGCAAUUGAUCAGUACCGUGUCUGCCAAGAGGUCUUGGAACGAUCUCGAGAUGUGGUGGAUGAAGUAAGUGUUUCUCUCCGACUGUGGGAUACUUUUGGGGAUCACCACAAAGACAGACGUUUUGCAUAUGGCAGGUCUGAUGUAGUGGUCCUCUGUUUCUCAAUUGCUAAUCCCAAUUCUCUAAAACAUGUGAAAUCCAUGUGGUAUCAAGAAAUCAAGCACUUCUGCCCACGAACACCUGUCAUUCUAGUUGGCUGCCAGCUAGAUCUCCGUUACGCUGAUCUCGAAGCUGUUAAUAGAGCCAGGCGCCCUUUAGCAAGACCUAUAAAAAGAGGAGAUAUUUUACCACCAGAACGGGGCCGGGAGGUGGCCAAGGAACUUGGGAUCCCAUACUACGAAACCAGUGUAUUUGACCAGUUUGGAAUUAAGGAUGUGUUCGACAAUGCGAUUCGAGCAGCCCUGAUUUCCCGGCGACACCUGCAGUUCUGGAAAUCCCAUUUGAAGAAAGUCCAGAAACCUUUACUUCAAGCUCCGUUCCUCCCUCCCAAGGCACCCCCACCUGUCAUUAAAAUCCCAGAGUGCCCCACCACCAAUAUGAACGAAGCCGCCUAUCUGUUGGACAAUCCUUUGUGUGCUGACAUCAUGUUUGUCCUUCAGGAUGAGGAGCACAUAUUUGCACAUAAGAUUUACUUAGCUACCUCCUCUUCAAAAUUUUAUGAUCUUUUUCUCAUGGAAUGCGAAGAAUCUCAAAGUCCGGUGGAAGUUCCGUACAAGAAAGAAAAGCCUGCUGGGGAUUUUCUGAUGAGGACUUUGAGUCUCGACCCGGAUGACGAAAGUAGUGAGUCCACUGACUGUCUUCGGCCCUCCAGGAGUGAUGGUACAUUGCCAGAGCCUGAGGGGAAAGCCACAAGAGCUUUGUCGAGCUGGAGUAAAGGGUUUCUGAGCAUGCACAAGGAGAUUCGAGUUAACCCCAUUUCCAAUAGAGUGGGUCCGGUGACGGUUGUGAGGAUGGACUCGUCUGUUCAAUGGGGUCCUUUUAAAACCGUCCUCCGGUUUCUCUACACGGGACAACUGGAUGAAAAUGAAAAAGAUAUGAUGCGGUUGGCUCAAAUUGCAGAGAUCUUGGAGGUAUUUGAUUUAAGGAUGAUGGUGGAGAACAUUAUGAACAAAGAAGCCUUCAUGAAUCAGGAGAUUACUAAAGCAUUUCACGUCCGGAAAGCCAACCGAAUAAAAGAGUGCCUUUGCAAGGGGACCUUUUCUGAUGUGACAUUUGAAUUGGAUGAUGGGGUCAUAAAUGCCCACAAACCACUACUGAUCUGUAGCUGCGAAUGGAUGUCUGCUAUGUUUGGAGGAUCAUUUGUCGAGAGCUCUAACAGUGAGGUGGUCCUCCCCAACGUUUACAAAGUGUCAAUGCAGGCUGUUCUGGAUUACCUCUACACCAAACAACUGUCACCCAAACUGGACCUGGAUAUGCUUGAGUUGAUUGCUUUAGCAAACCGAUUCUGCCUUCCCCAUUUGGUAGCCCUGGCAGAGCAGCACACUGUGCAGGAGCUGACAAAAGCAUCAAUGAGUGGAAUUGGAAUAGAUGGGGAAGUGCUCUCUUACUUGGAAUUAGCCCAGUUUCACAACGCCCAUCAGUUGGCAGCUUGGUGUUUACACUACAUCUGCACCAACUACAACAGUGUUUGUUCCAAGUUCCGCAAGGAAAUCAAAUCUAAAUCUUCAGACAAUCAGGAAUAUUUUGAGAGGCACCGUUGGCCCCCCGUGUGGUACUUAAAGGAAGAAGAUCACUAUCAGCGGGUGAAGAAGGAGCGAGAAAAAGAAGACCUUGCACUGAAUAAACAUCAUUCGCGGCGGAAAUGGUGCUUCUGGAAUUCUUCUGCAGCAGUUGCCUGAGACGAGAGUCAAAACGUGCACCAACCUGAAACCCCUAUUGUAAAACUAGUCGGGUUGCUAGGGAGAAGAUGUAGUUCAGGUUUCAGGCACUGGCUUUUCCCUCUACAGGUGUGCAUUUAUCUCUGUUAGGAUCAAAGCACAAGCUCACCUCAAAUGAGCCUGGAAAAGUAAAGCUGAUGCUUGCUGCAUUCCUUAAAGUACUUGUAAUAUGUAUAUUUUUGGUUAGGAAGCUUAAUAAACUUAGGCCAUUAUUACCUUUCUUUUUAUACAAAAAAAUCCAGUAUUCGUGUUUCAAAUUCCAAAUUGGAAAAUAUUUUUAUAUCGUUUUGUGUAUUUUGUUGAAAUGAAAAUACUAUGUAUUACUUUAUUUUACAGGCCACAAAUUAACCAUGAGAAGCCCUGUAAUUAAACUGUUACUAUCUGCCCACGUCCAUGCAUAAAUACUGAGACAUCAUUACAUAAUUAGAUGGUUGUUUCUGUGUUCUGAAGAGUUAUAAUGAAGUCACCCAAACUGCAAGUUAGAGAAUGUUUAAUCUUUGUUCUUUUGAAUAACAUUGGUAUAAUUACCAAGUCAUCUACAAGAACGUGUAUUUCCAAUAUUUGCCAUGUAAGUGCUUGUAAUUAUAUGGUUAUGGGUGCCAUGUAAAAUAUAGUGAUACCAAAUAUUCUGUUGAAAAUGUCUAGAUUCUAGAGGAUAAUCUUUAUAAUCAUUAGAAGGGCUUAUUAACUCCCAGCAUUAUCAGGGCAACUCAGUGAUGGACCUGAAUACAGGAAAAAAACCCAAAACAAAAACAAUUCCAUUGUUAUUAUUUGGUUACUGUCUGAGAGUUCGGGUUUCUUAUUGUUCCUUCUCAUGCAUUUGCAUGCAAAUUUUCCACUGACUUGAAUGGGCAGGGUUGUGCUGCAUUCAUCCAUCAUGGUCUCCCAGGCCAGCAAGUCUUCCUCAAUUUUCUCCUGCGUCUCUCCUCUCCUUCAUCCUGACUCGUCCCUGGCCUCUUCCCAGACAGAACUCGGCAACCCGCAGCAGAGGAUGAAGCAGGUUACUCGGCCUUUUCUCCGAAAGCAGGCGGAGCCCAUGAAAGCAUCAAAACUGGAGGCCAUGAGAGGCGGGAGCCCCGGCCGAGCUCGGCGGUGUUUGGUUCAUCGCCAUGGGCCUAGUGCCUGGCUGGAUUUUCAUCAAUAAAUUGGGACAACGGACUGGUGGGCGGGUCAGCUUGGCGGCCUCCAGAGGAAGAAACCGAGACAAAGGUAUGGGGUGUGAGUGGGCCGUAGCUCCUGGUUUUAGCUUCGGACCCACCAAGGUCUUGAUGUCUUUCCUCCUUUUGCCCUGUGGUCGGCCACGAGGAGGCACGAUCAAACCCGGUCCCCAGGUGCACAAGAGGCUUCCAGUGGUCUUGACCUCGGGGUUGUAGAUGGCAGCAGGCACCCCCGGGUGAAGAGAGGGUGGCAGGAGCCUCGGCAUUGGAGCGAUGAGGAUCACCCCUUCUGGAGGGGACGAGGGAAGAGAUCCAGAGGGCACACUCUAGUGCCUACAGUAUUUCUUCCAAUUCUGUGAUAAAGGAGGGCUAUAAAAGAAUGACAACCUGCAAGGGUAUCCGCAUUAAUUCUCGAUCAGUAGCGUCAUCAAUCACAGACGGGGAAUAAAAGUGGGAAAGCAAGAGAAUAAAAGACAAAGCUAGGAAAGAAUUCACAACUAUCCAAUCAUAAAAUAUUAGCUGAUCAUGUUUUCAACAAGUAGUGCUAGUAGGUUUUGUACAACCAAAGCUGUUUGACUGUAAUCUUGCCAAAAUGUAAUGGAUAUAUAAAAGAACCUGGGGUAUAUGCAAUAAUAUCCACUUGUAUUUGUUUUCAGCUACUAUAGCCAAGUGGCUGGUUCAUUUGGUUAAUGCUGUCUAUGGCCUUUAAUCUAGGUGGUUUAUUUUAUGUUUUUUAUUUCACAGAAAGCCAAUAAAACUGUUUAUAACAUG